UGAUAUGGUGGAGAGGAAGCUCAGGACUGGGGGCCACAGGUCCCAGCUUCUCAUCUAGGCUCCGCUGCUCCCUGGCUGCCGCCUCCCUCUGUGGGCCUCCGUUUCCUCGGUGAUCCAACCAGGCGAUUUCUAAUCCUCCAGGCAGGACCGGAACCCGCGAGUGAUCCCAGGAGCCCCUCCUUUCCAGGGCCUCAAGAUCUGAGGACCAGGAGCCUGUUGCGCACCGGAGCCGUGUAGGCAGGACGGCGGCCCCAUGGACCUGCCCCCGCAGCUCUCCUUCGCGCUCUAUGUGGCCGCCUUCGCGCUGGGCUUCCCACUCAACUUACUGGCCAUCCGAGGGGCCGCGGCCCACGCCCGGCUCCGGCUCACCCCCAGCCUGGUCUACGCCCUGCACCUGGGCUGCUCCGACCUGCUGCUGACGGUCUCCCUGCCCCUGAAGGCGGUGGAGGCGCUGGCCUUAGGGGCCUGGCCUCUGCCGGCCGCGCUGUGCCCCGUCUUCGCGGUGGCCCACUUCGCUCCGCUCUACGCCGGCGGGGGCUUCCUGGCCGCCCUGAGCGCCGGCCGCUACCUGGGAGCCGCCUUCCCCCUGGGCUACCAAGCUUUCCGGAGGCCGUGCUACUCCUGGGGGGUGUGCGCGGCCAUCUGGGCCCUCGUCCUCUGCCACCUGGGCCUGGUCCUUGGGUUGGAGGCUCCGGGAGGCUGGCUGGACAGCAGCAACACCUCGCUGGGCAUCAACACCCCGGUCAACGGCUCUCCCGUGUGCCUGGAGGCCUGGGACCCGGCCUCCGCCGCCCCUGCCCGCCUCAGCCUCUCUCUUCUGCUCUUUUUCCUGCCCUUGGCCAUCACAGCCUUCUGCUAUGUGGGCUGCCUCCGGGCGCUGGCCCGAUCCGGCCUGACGCACAGGCGGAAGCUGAGAGCCGCGUGGGUGGCCGGAGGGGCGCUGCUCACGCUGCUGCUCUGUGUGGGACCCUACAACGCCUCCAACGUGGCCAGCUUCCUGAACCCCGACAUGGGAGGCUCCUGGAGGAAGCUGGGGCUCAUCACGGGUGCCUGGAGUGUGGUGCUCAACCCGCUGGUGACUGGUUACUUGGGAAGGGGUCCUGGCCUGAAGACAGGGUGUGCGCCAAGAACGCAAGGGGGCACGUCCCAGAAGUAGUGGCCACCGCUAGGGGGAAGGAGCAUGGGGCGGGAGGGCCCGGCUACUUCUCCUGGUCCCUGCGGGGAGCUGCUGCGGAGGAACUGCAGGGCAGCCUGGCCCGGAGGCCUCCCUGGAGCCGCUCAAGCCGAGAGCUGCACCUGCCGAGGGCUGCACCCGGGUCAGGAGAGGAGCAUGGAGCCAGAACAAGGUGGCAGGGGGAGGUAAGCUUGCCCCUGCACACGUGGGCCCCCUUCCUCACCCGUCUCUCCCCUCUGCGCGUCCUCACCUGCCUGUCUUCAGUGAGCCGCGGGCAAAGGCCUUGUACUUGCUGGAAGGAGGAGGAGGUCUGUUUCUGACCCACGGGAACUGCCACUCUGGUGAUGCACUUUAGGAGCCGCUACUCUGAAAUCAGCUCCCAGGAGAGAACAUUUGAUGUCCCAGUAGGAGAGGGGGCAGGAGGCAGGAUAAUGACACUGUUAUGCCACGUGAAACUCGCAAGGGGGCAGCCUUGGAGCUGGGAACGGAGGCUGGCAGGAAAAGAUGCUUCAGCGGGGGAGGGAAAAGGCAAGGCCCGGCAGUGAUCGGCAAAGUCCAUGCAGUUGACCCUUGAACCACGUGGGGGUACCAACACCCCAUGCAGUGGAAAAUCUGUGCAUGACUUUGACUCCCCUAAAACUCAACUGCUAAUAGUCUACUGUUGACUGAAAGCUUUACUCGGUAUAUAAACAAUUGAGUAAGACAUAUUUGAGGCCAGGCACAGUGGCUUAUGCCUGUAAUCCCAGUACUUUGGGAGGCUGAGG